AGUAUUGUUGUCGAACCAAAAUGUGGUUGUUGUGGAUGUUGUGAGAGUUGGAGACAAAAUUAAUGUCUCUUAUUGUUAACUAGAAGAAAGAAGCUGCUGAGAGUGAAGCGACGUCUUAGUAUAUCUGUGUUCGGUAGAUUACAACAUGGCUAGCGCCAGAAGAGGAAAACCGCCAGCUGUAAAAGGCGAAAGAGAUGCCCCCAAAAAAAUUGGAUGGACGAAAGAAGAAGCUGAAUUGUCCAUUUCAGGUGUUCCUGAACUUCACGUAACAACAAACUUUGAUCCUGUUGACUUCGAUAUUCAUGGAUUUGCUGAACGCUUGCGGCGUAGCGCAGCCGCUGAAGUAGCCGCUAGAGACAAGGAAAUCGCGGGACGUCAAAAGAGAGACGCAGAAGACGCCCUUGACAACCCUUUCGUGUUGACAAUGUCGGAACUGCAACAAUCGUCAGGACGUCACAAGAACCCAUCGUCAGCUGGUGCCACUAGUGACGCUAGUCGCGCACAUAUUCAGGCUGGUAUUGACGAUCACACUAGCGGUCAUCAUGGUCGUCAUUCUCGCAGGCAGCAUGGCGCUGCAGAACUUGGCCAACAGCAGGGUCUGGAAUGGGAUUCGGAGUAUGACGUCAUCCUGCCUGAACGUAUCGACCAACCAUCAUCACAAAGAUUCAGGCAAACACAAGAUAUUCCUGCCCAAGGAAACGUUGCUUCUGUUGAUGAUGAAAGUGAGUUGACAGCCAAUGGAGCUGACACGGAACUAGGUGUACGUCUCAGUAUAGCUGGAAGAGCACACGCACCUCGUUCAAAUGGAGCUAGCGCUGAUCAAUCCUCCCGCAAUGGCCAAGUUGGCGACAGUCCGUCAACGGAGCUACAACUGCGGCAGCAGCAGCAGCAGCAGCAACAGCAGCAUUAUAGAUACGACCCACACGCUGUGGUGGAUAGAAGUGCACGGCAGCCAAGUCAGGUGACACCAGGACCCAAACCGGUCGUGGCUAAACCUGUUGAUCAGCAGAAAAUCAUGGAUGUGAAGAAGAGCAUUCAGACAAUGCUGUAUGCAGUCGGUCAGGAUCAAGGCGAGUUGUGGCAGAGAUCAUGUCUACGCCUGCACUGGUUAGCUGAAACAUGGGCACCAACAAAAGACAUUGCGCAUGAUGCCCGUUGUGUAUCCAAUGUGAUCACGUUCAUGAAGAACCACACACUUAUAGAAAAGGUCCAGUCAACUGGCUGUCUUUUGGUGAUGGGGUUGUGUCGUAACCACACCAACAACCACAUGGAGCUGGACAGCAUGGACGGUCUGGAUCAGGUCAUUGAAGCCAUGCGCAUGCACCACAACAAGAAUGAAGAACUGGCAUUCAAUGGCGCUCAGUGUCUGGCGGUUAUGACAGUACCAGGCCGACACGACGAGCAGCUGCGCAAGUACGUAGAUGUUGUGUCGUUGGUGGUGGACUGCAUGCGUGUUCACCUGUCUUGCGAGGUUAUUCAGUCGGCUGGCUGCUGGGCACUGGCCAACAUGUGCUGCAAUCCUGGAAUCAAUCAAGAAGAAAUGAAGUCUUUUGGUCUUGCUGCUGUACUGCAUGCCAUCAACCAGUGGUCCUCAUCGCCCAUGGUCAUGAAAGAAGCUAUCAAAGCUUUGUCCAACAUGUACCACAGUGAUGCCAAUCGUGAAAAUCUUCUGAACAGUGGUGCACUGGACGAAGUGCCCGUUGCCUUGGAAAACUUCCCCAAAGCUGAUGAUGUCAUCUCCACAGCACUGAUCUCCAUCGCCACGUUUGCAGCAACCGAAGAUGACCUGCGUAACAAGCUGUGUACAACAAAGCUUGUCAACAACAUCAUCGUUAGAAUGAAUGGCCUUCGGGAUUCAGCAUCGGUGCAGGAGGCUGGGUGCUGGGCUCUAGCCAACCUUGUCACAAGUAAAACAUCACCGAUUCUUGUACAGUGCAAUGUGAUAGCUACUGUACAGGCUGUGUUGUUUCGCCAACCCCUCAUCGAGAAUCUGCAAACAAUGGGAUGUAUGUUGCUGUACAACCUUGCCUGCUCCAGCCUUUUUCGCCUAGACGUGGUCCUCUCUGGCGCAGCAAAGCUGGCAGUGAAUGCUAUACGAAGACUAGUUCGCAACGAGAAGGUGGUCAUGGCCGGUGUAAAGCUGCUUGCCAUCCUGAGUCACGAAAGUCCGCCUCGGGAACACUCGGAGAGCACUAAUCUUGAAGAAGAACUUCAGCUUGGACGUUUGUCAGUGAUUCAAGCAUCUGGUGUCGAGGCUCUUGCCGCUGCCAUGCAGGUGUACAGUGCGGAUGUGGAUAUCCAUAACAUGGCUUUACUGGCUAUGCAGAAUCUCAGUGACAUAGCUGCAAGUCUGCCCUUCUUAUCCCUGAACAGCGUAAUGGAGGGGAUCCUGCAAAGCAGUGGUUCUUUUCGCCUACAGAAGCCUAUCGUCGACAAGGUGAUGAGCAUUCUGGAGAAUGUCUUGGUGUCAAAAGAGAUUGUGGACAUCUUCAUUGCAUGUGGUGGCCUGCACAUUGUCAUAUCAUUGAUGAAUCAGUACAAAAACGAAGUGUUUAUUCAGACACGCUCGGCUGUCAUCAUGGCAAGAGUAGCAUCAUCAGAUGUCAACAAAGAUUUUUGGAAGUCUUCCCCUAAUGAUGCACCGCCAACCUCUCCGCUUUGCAGCACAACCGAUGCCAAGAGUCUGUGCGUGGCUAAGGCUGGUGGAAUAUGGUUACUGAAGGACUCCAUGGAUCUGUGGCGUAGCAAUGCACCACUGCAAGCUGCCGCAUGCCAGGCGUUGACAUGCAUCGCAAGUGAUGAAAUAGCUGCUGAUCUUAUGGUGAAGGGUGACUGCAUAGCAUCAAUAACCUCCGCCAUGCUCGGUUGCAAGGAGUAUCAGCUGGUGCAGGAGAGAGGAGCAGCAGCAUUGCUUGCACUGUGCAACACAAAUGGCUUCACUGGUCGUUUUUACCGAGCACAUGGUGAUACAGCUGCUAAGGAAGCCCACAAACGAUUCCCCGACUGUGAUGUUGUCAUCUAUUUGGCGCAGCACAUUGUCGUAGAAUGAGGCAAGGUGUCAGAGUGCUGAAUGUACCAGCAAUAAUCAGCUGGCAUGUGCCAGCAGUUAAUAAUAACUCUAAGUAGGUUCAUUGACAUCCAUUGUAAGUUGUUUCUAAAUAGUUUCAGUAAGUGAUUAUAACGUUAAUACCAAGGCAGCUUGAACUUUUAUAAUAGCUAUGAGUUUAGAGUUGGAUAUACAUGUACGCGCGUAUACUGAGGUGCACCAUGGUGUACAGACCUGGAUUGACUCUGGCAACACAUGACAUCAACUGUCCUGUUUCUUCACAAACUGAUCGCUUCCUGUGCUAGAAUAACACCGCUCAUCAUCGUCAUUAUCAUCAUCCUGCAUGCAUGCAUAGGCGAAUAUGUAAAGCAUGCCUCUUCCCGACUUACGGGCGUGCAAACAGUCUUAUUUAAAACGCUUCAGCCCUGCUGCCAAGUGUGUAACAUGUGUUAAUAUGUUGCUGCUGAUAGCGCUUGAGGAUUAUAUGCCAUCAAUCUUUCAUAUUAAAUAACGUUACUUUUUAACUGAUCGGUCUCUAACUUUCACUCAA